UCUAACAAUAAUAAUAUGGCAAAACAACAGUUGCAUAGUAAGUCUCUCUCUCUCUCUGUCUCACUCUCUCUUCCUCUGUUUCUGUUUGUAGAUGAAACACGACCCCUGGUGCAGCUCAACGGGCCCCUCAUUGCUCCCGGGCCCCUCAUUGCCCCCGGACCCCUGCCCCUCUCCACUUCACCCAUCCCGGAGACCACCGGACCCUCCCUGUGCCCCCUCCUCCCCAUCCCGACACCUCCCCUGAUUCCCCCCUCUUCCUCCUCCCCCCUGGGCUGUGGCAGCGCUGGGGCCAACCCCGAGCAGCCCAGCUCUGGGCCACUGGGGGCCCCGGCCUCAUCCAGCGGCCCUGCAAACACAGACACAGAGGAGGACAAAGCCAAGAAGCUGCUGUACUGCUCACUGUGCAAAGUGGCCGUCAACUCCCUGUCACAGCUGGAGGCUCACAACAAAGGUACCAAACACAAAACCAUCCUGGAGGCCAGGAGCGGGCUGGGCCCCAUCAAGGCGUACCCCCGCCUGGGCCCCAAGCCUGUUGGAGAGCAAGGAGGGGGGCCCGUGGACCCCAACACUCAGGAACGCACCUUCCACUGUGAGAUCUGCAACGUGCGGGUCAACUCUGAACUGCAGCUCAAACAGCACAUAUCAAGUCGAAGGCACCGGGACGGCGUGGCGGGAAAGCCCAACCCCCUCCUCAGCCGGCACAAGAAGCACAGGGGAGCUGACCUCACGUCCACUCUCUCCUUCUCCAAGGAUCUCACCAAAGCUUUGGGCGCAGGCCUCCUGCCCAGCCCCUUGGCUGUUGCCGCCGCGAUGGCCGCCGCCGCCUCCUCCAACCAGCUGGCUCUCCGUGCAGCUGGCUCCGCCCACCACCACCACCACCACCCCCACCACCACCUACUGCAGGGCCCGCCUCUCAGCCACGCCAUCCUGAGACCCGCACCGGGGCCCAUCCGCACCACACACGGGCCCAUCCUUUUCUCCCCUUAUUGAGCCCCCCACCGAACCCCACUCACCCCCCACCCCCCCAGCCCCCCCCACACCACCCCACCCCCAAACUCCCCCGUCUGCCCGUCAACUCGGCCAGUCAGGAGCGCUCACUCCAGAAAAGCACACUGUGAAGAUUAGGCACGUGAACAACAGCAGCUGAUAGGGUACAGAGCACGGGUCGACUUAAAGUGUUUCAAAGAGAGAGGGGAGACAAAAGAGAGGGGAGAGAAAAGAGAGGGGAGAGAAAAGAGAGGGGAGAGAAAAGAGAGGGGAGAGAAAGCAGCCUGAAGACAAACUCACGUCCCUCUUUCCCCUUCACCCGUUACCCGGGGUUUGGGAGUGACGGCCAGCUGGACAGAGGGCAGGAGAGAGAGUAAACAUGCAUCGGACUGCUGUCCUCCAUCUCCAGGUCCAGCCUCCUUCCUGCCCUUCUGUUCUCGCCGUCACGUCACGGUCAUUUACGUGUCGUAGCUUCGCAGAAAAGUCGUCAAACUGAUAUCUGUCUUCUAAGACACCUCACUGUAAUAGCAUUCGUCUGACCAUAGUAACUUAGGCUCCCUGUGUUUCUCACUGGGUCUGUAUGUUCUGUAUGUUCUGAAACUGGCGUUUCCCCUCGUACAGCGUGGCUGUGUUGGGGGCACUGUCACAUUUGGAGAGGAGAUGGGGGUGGGGUGCACACGGAUGGAAUGAAGGGGAUUCUGACAUUCCCUGAAAGGUUUAGGGAUAGGCAGCAUGGGUCAAAACCACAAAUCUACCCAAGGCUCUGCGGAGACACACACACACACACAUAAAGACCCCCAAAACAAAUUUGUGUUUAAAAAUAGAUGUAAUAACAAAGAUGUCCAGCGUGGGAGGAAUAUGUUUCUUGACAUCUGCCAGAGGACGAGAGAGUUGGAGCAGGACACACAUGGGCCACCCUCAACUACUGGAACCUUCUAGUAUGUUGUCUACUUUUGGAUGAUAAUUUCACACCCAAUGUUUUUUUUUUCUCAAAGGAACAAUCCUUGUGUCCAUGUUAAACAUGGGCUUUGCUGAUUUAAACGCUUAUUGGACAGCACCAGUCUGUUGGUGGGUGUCUUUUUUAUUUUUUAUUAUGUUUUUUAUCAAUCUACUGUUUUAUUCAUGGUUAAAAUAAGAACACAUAUGCAAACAGAAACGCACACACACCAACACACACUCAGUGUGUUUACAGAUUAGAGUUAUCAGUGGUGUGGCCCUGAAACUGGUGACACAUGAUUAUAACAACGGCCAUGGUUGGGCCGUUGUUUAGCUAUGAGGAGAGCGAAUGGCGACCCAACUAUGCAGAACCUCUACCAUCGGCGUGGCACACCACUCAAACUCUGCCACCGGUCGUUGCAUUCAAAGUUAAUUUAUUUGAACUUAACCUUGGUUGCCACCGACCGUUCAAAGCGCAACCAAUGAGAAAACAACUGUAGGCUAUGUGAUGUAAUGAGAAGCGAUCGCACUUAAACGCAUUUCCCGCGGUGCAACGUUCUUCAAAAACUCCAGUAGUGUCCUUGUUGCCUAAAACACGUGGUGAAUGGUUACCUUGCGCACUUAAAGAAAACGUAUGUGCAGCGCUCUGUGUCUGCACCAAGAGUCUGCUCUACACUUCUCAUCAUGUGUCACCGGCUUCAACCUACAGCGUCUCACCCUCUCUGUGAGGAAAUUGGCCGACCAGUGCAACCAACUCCCCCACCCCCCACCCCUGCUGCCCCAACUGCUCCGUCUGCUCUUCCUCUCCCCCUCUCCCACCUCCCCCCUCUUCAUCCCUACAAGGGGGCCUACACACUGACCAACACUGACAGGAACUGUCUGAGUCCCUGGGUAAGAGAUGGACAGAAUGAAAGGCUGAUCAACAUGACUGAAUCGGAGUGACGAGCAGCAAGUUAACUCAAGGACAGGGUCGGGGAAGCCUAACCCCUUCUUUAUAUGGACUUCCUGUCUUAAACCGAAAGCCAUGCAAUGCAUAAUUGCUUGUUUUCUUUUAACUGAUUAAUGUUCUUCAUAAUUUUUUGUAGGUUUUGGUUGGUUGGAGUCUUUUAAAUAGUCGAUUAUUCAAAGGACCUACUGUUGUGCAAAUCAUGAAAUACAUAUAUAUAUAUAUAUAUAUUUUUUUUUGGGGGAUGGAACUCUUGUUGCUUGUGAAAAGAGGGGUAGAGGAGUUUAGAAGGGAGUCUGGGGGACUGGUAGCAGGGACUCAAUCCCAUCCAGCCUGACUAACCUGCCCCACCCACGAGACGACAACCACAGAGAUGGCCGACACAACGUCCUGCUGAACCCUGAAGUACCACUCUGUGUUCCAACUGAGAUUUACACUGUGCCCCUCCCCACCACACACACACACACACACAAACACACAUUUAAAAGUAAUGAACUCCAAUGUCUUACCUUUGUCGUGUUGUUGCAUUGCGAUGGGCCAUCGGGAAACAUUGACUAGCUCUGAGCGAGCUGACAUGUUGGUCUGGGUUCAUCUGUAAACAGGGAUGACUGCUGACGAAGCCGAUCAUUGUUCUUCCACAGAAGAGGCUUGUCCUCAGAAAAGGGUUAGAGGCCUCUAUUCAAAUCCACCCCAGGGACCGACCAUCACCUUCACAUGGUUGGAGGUAGGAAGUGACAGGUAUAAACAGAAGGACAACAGCUCCCUCUUAACCAAGGCCACCUGGCUCCUGUAGGUUUGUUCGAGCCUUCUUUUAGUUUCCACCCAUCCAGGUCACUCAGACUUUCAUAUGUUACUGAAGAGCACUGUCUGGGGGUGGAUAUGUGACAGAGAUGAAACAGAUGGGAUGAGAAAGCAUAAACUAGCUGGGCUUAGGGACCGGCCCUUCAUAUUAAAGGGCCCUAUAAUUCUGGACAUCUCUUUUUGGGGAACAGGGUACACGUCAGGUGUCAACGGGGUUAAAAAAAAAACUAGAUUAUCUGACAGCAAUGUGUUUUAGUUUUAGACAUUUUGUGUUUGUUGCAUUGUCGUCGUUGUUUAUUUUUUUGUUCAUUUUUAUUUUAUUUUGUUUCUGUGAGAGAUACAGUCAAGUAAAAUUCUAACAGAGAAAAAAAAAAUCUAUGCCAUUACUUGAAGGCUGCCUUAGAGUCAGCCUCCACCAUUGUGCUUUUUUGGUUGACUUUAUCAUCUUGGUGGAGAUCCUUUUGUGAGUGAAGUACUAUGCUGGGGUCAGUGCUCCUGGUCCUGUUGCUGUGUGUGUCAUGAUGUAGUCUACUCUCCCCACUCCUCACCAACCAGGCCCUGGCAGAGACAAACCUGAAGUGGCCUAUCAUAGUAGAGGAGACAAACUCACACUGGUUCAUUUGAUUGGAUGAUUUCUUUAUCAACCUGAUAAAAAAAAUGAAACCUAACAAGUGUCACUGUUACCUUCAUACAGUAGCAAAUUCA